UGAAUACAGUCUCCCAACAAUAAAGACAGCAUCUCAACUGAAACACUCUCCAGCACAAGGAUAUUACUCCUUUCUCUCACUGAGAAGAAAAUGAAAAACAAGACAAGUGUUCUUCCCAGAGAAGGAGAAGCCCAGCCUUCCAGGUGUCCAGAUAACAGUGCAUUCAAACAGCAGAGGCUGCCAGCUUGGAAGCCCCAGCUCACCAUUACAUCUGUGCUCCCCAGCUUCUUUCUGACAGGGGCAUUCUUCCUCACUCUGGGAGUAAACAGCGUCAGAGAAAUACAGGUUGAUUAUUCAGAUAAAUGCUCAGAUUGUUCAAAGCUCCGUGAAAAUUCCUCUAACUGGAAUAAGGAAUGCCACUGUUCUGUCAAUUUCAUGCUAAAGGAAGAUAUAUUGGGUGAUGUUUUUAUGUACUAUGGUCUGCAAAACUUCUAUCAGAACCACCAUCGAUACAUGAUAUCAAGAAGUGACGCACAGCUGUUGGGCUGAAAUGUAAAUAUCCAGAGGAGCAACUGUGUGCCCUUCAGCACCUACAGGAACGGGACCCUGAUGGCGCCGUGCGGGGCCAUUGCCAACAGCAUGUUCAAUGAUACUAUUGAUCUCUUUUACAAUCAUAACUCAUCUGUGAUUCAAGUGCCACUGCUGAAGACUGGAAACAGUUGGUGGACAGAUAAAAAUGUGAAAUUUCGCAAUCCUGAGUCAUACAAUCGCUCUUCUGCAUUUGCAGGGACAGCCAGACCUCCUUACUGGCAGAAACCAGUGUAUCUGUUAGACAAGGAAGAUGAGAGGAACAAUGGUUACUUGAACAAUGACUUCAUUAUCUGGAUGCAAGUGUCGGCCUUUGCGACCUUCAGGAACCUCUACCGGCGUGUCAGACGGGUUCGGCACUUCACAGAGGGCCUGCCAGCAGGGAAUUACACCUUCCAUAUUUCCUACAAUUUCCCUGUUACCAGAUUCAAGGGGAGGAAGCAUGUGAUUCUUUCAACUGUGGUGUGGAGCGGUGGAAGUAACCCAUUCCUGGGAAUUGCCUACCUGGUUUGUGGCACAGCAGCAACCCUGACAAGUUUUGUCAUAAUUGGCAUCCACCUAAAGCUCAGAUAAAAGAAAACAUGCUUUCAGAAGCAAUAA